AUGUGUUUUAUCUUUCCUAACUCUUUGUCAUCUCUUUUCGUCUCUUCUUUUUUUUACAUCUCUUUUUCUUUCUUUUCUUUAUCUUUCUUUUCCUCUUUAUCUUUCUUCUCUUUAUCUUCUUUUCUUUUCUUCUUUCCUUUUCUUCUGUUCUUUUCUUCUCCUCUUUUUCUUAUUUCUUCAUUCUGUUUUUCUCUUCUCUUCUUUUUGUUCUUCUCUUCUCUUCUUUUUGUUCUUCUCUUCUCUCCUUUUUGUUCUUCUCUUCUCUUCUUUUCUUCUUCUUCUCUUCUCUCCUUUUUGUUCUUCUCUUCUCUUCUUUUGUUCUUCUCUUCUCUCCUUUUUUGUUCUUCUUUUUCUUCUUCUCUUCUCUCCUUUUUGUUCUUCUCUUCUCUUCUUUUGUUCUUCUCUUCUCUCCUUUUGUUCUUCUCUUCUCUUCUUUUUUUCUUCUCUUCUCUCUUCUCUUUUUUUUUGUUCUUCUCUUCUCUCUUUUUUGUUCUUCUCUUCUUUUUUGUUCUUCUCUUCUUCUUUUUGUUCUUUCUUUCUUCUUCUUCUCUUCUCUCCUUUUUGUUCUUCUCUUCUCUUCUUUUUUCUUCUCUUCUCUUCUCUUCUUUUUCUUCUUCUCUUCUCUCCUUUUUUUCUUCUCUUCUUCUUCUUUUUGUUCUUCUCUUCUCUUCUUUUCUUCUUCUCUUCUUCUCUUCUCUCCUUUUGUUCUUCUCUUCUCUUCUUUUUGUUCUUCUCUUCUCUCCUUUUUUGUUCUUUCUUCUCUUUGUUCUUCUCUUCUCUUCUUUUUGUUCUUCUCUUCUCUUCUUUUGUUUUUGUUCUUUUUCUUCUUCUCUUCUCUUCUUUGUUCUUCUCUUCUCUUCUUUUUCUUCUUCUCUUCUCUCCUUUUUGUUCUUCUCUUCUCUUCUUUUUGUUCUUCUCUUCUCUCCUUUUUGUUCUUCUCUUCUCUUCUUUUUGUUCUUCUCUUCUCUUCUUUUUCUUUUCUUCUUUUCUUUCUUCUUUUCUUCUUUUCUUUUCUCUUCCUUUUUUGUUCUUCUCUUCUCUUUUUUUGUUCUUCUCUUCUCUCUUUUUUUUUUCUUCUUCUCUCCUUUUGUUCUUCUCUUCUCUUCUUUUGUUCUUCUCUUCUCUCCUUUUUGUUCUUCUCUUUCUUCUUUUUCUUCUCUUCUUCUCUUCUCUCCUUUUUGUUCUUCUCUUCUCUUCUUUUCUUCUUCUCUUCUCUUCUUUUUGUUCUUCUCUUCUCUUCUUUUGUUCUUCUCUUCUUCCUUUCUUUCUUCUCUUCUUCUUUUGUUCUUCUCUUCUCUUCUUUUUGUUCUUUCUCUUCUCUCCUUUUUUGUUCUUCUCUUCUCUUCUUUUUGUUCUUCUCUUCUCUUCUCUUCUUUUGUUCUUCUCUUCUCUUCUUUUUUUUGUUCUUCUCUUCUCUUUCUUUUCUUCUUUUUGUUCUUCUCUCCUUUUGUUCUUCUCUUCUUCUUCUUUUGUUCUUCUCUUCUCUCCUUUUUUGUUCUUCUCUUCUCUCCUUUUUGUUCUUCUCUUCUCUUCUUUUUGUUUUCUCUUCUCUUCUUUUGUUCUUCUCUUUUCUUCUUCUCUUCUCUUCUUUUUGUUCUUCUCUUCUCUUCUUUUUGUUCUUCUCUUCUCUUCUUUUUCUUCUUCUCUUCUCUUCUUUUUCUUCUUCUCUCCUUUUUGUUCUUCUCUUCUCUUCUUUUUGUUCUUCUCUUCUCUUCUUUUUGUUUUUCUUCUUCUCUUCUCUUCUUUUUGUUCUUCUCUUCUCUUCUUUUUGUUCUUCUCUUCUCUCCUUUUUUCUUCUCUUCUCUUCUUCUUCUUUCUUUUUCUUUCUUCUCUUCUUUUUGUUCUUCUCUUCUCUUCUUUUCUUCUUCUCUUCUUUUGUUCUUCUCUUUUUGUUCUUCUCUUCUCUCCUUUUUGUUCUUCUCUUCUCUUUUUUUUCUUCUCUUCUCUCCUUUUUUUUUCUUCUCUUCUCUUCUUUUUGUUCUUCUCUUUUCUCCUUUUUUGUUCUUCUCUUCUCUUUUUUUUCUUUCUUCUCUUCUCUUCUUUUUUCUUCUUCUCUUCUCUUCUCUUUUUUGUUUCUUCUCUUCUCUUCUUUUGUUCUUCUCUUCUCUUCUUUUUGUUCUUCUCUUCUCUUCUUUUUUUUUCUUUUCUUCUUCUCUUCUUUUUGUUCUUCUCUUCUCUUUUUUUCUUCUUCUCUUCUCUCCUUUUGUUCUUCUCUUCUCUUCUUUUUUUCUUCUUCUCUUCUCUCCUUUUUCUUCUUCUCUUCUCUUCUUUUUUCUUCUUCUCUUCUCUUCUUUUUUCUUCUCCUUUUUGUUCUUCUUCUUCUUUUCUUCUUCUCUUCUCUUCUUUUCUUUUCUUCUCUUUCUUCUUUUUGUUCUUCUUUUUCUUCUUUUUCUUUUCUUCUUCUCUCCUUUUUUCUUCUCUUCUCUUCUUUUGUUCUUCUCUUCUUUUUGUUCUUCUCUUCUCUUCUUUUUUUCUUCUCUUCUCUUCUUUUUUGUUCUUUCUCUUCUCUUUUUUUUUUCUUUCUUCUCUUCUUUUUUCUUUUUUUUCUUUUCUUCUUCUCUUCUCUUUUUUUGUUCUUCUCUUCUCUCCUUUUUGUUCUUCUCUUCUCUUCUUUUUGUUCUUCUCUUCUCUUCUUUUUUCUUCUUCUUCUCUUCUUUUCUUUUUGUUCUCUUCUCUUCUUCUUCUUUUUCUUCUUCUCUUCUCUCCUUUUUUGUUCUUCUCUUUCUUCUUCUUUUUUCUUCUUCUCUUCUCUCCUUUUUUGUUCUUCUCUUCUCUUCUUUUGUUCUUCUCUUCUCUUUUUUUUGUUCUUCUCUUCUCUUCUUUUUGUUCUUUCUCUUCUCUUCUUUUGUUCUUCUCUUCUCUCCUUUUUUUCUUCUCUUCUCUUCUUUUCUUCUUCUCUUCUCUUCUUUUCUUCUUCUCUUCUCUCCUUUUCUUCUUCUUCUCUUCUUUUUGUUCUUCUCUUCUUUUGUUCUUCUCUUCUCUCCUUUUUGUUCUUCUCUUCUCUCUUCUUUUGUUCUUCUCUUCUUUUCUUUUGUUCUUCUCUUCUUCUUCUUUUGUUCUUCUCUUCUCUCCUUUUUUUUCUUUCUUCUCUUCUUCUUUUGUUCUUCUCUUCUCUUCUUUUUUCUUUUCUCUUCUCUUUUGUUCUUCUCUUUCUUCUUUUCUUCUCUUUCUUUUUUUUCUUCUUCUCUUCUCUUCUUUUUGUUCUUCUCUUCUCUUCUUUUUUCUUCUUCUCUCCUUUUGUUCUUCUUCUUUUUUCUUCUCUUCUCUCUUUUUGUUCUUCUCUUCUCUCCUUUUUGUUCUUCUUUUCUUCUUCUCUUCUUUUUGUUCUUCUCUUCUCUUCUUUUGUUCUUCUCUUCUCUUCUUUUUGUUUCUUCUCUUCUCUUCUUUUUUUGUUCUUCUCUUCUCUUCUUUUGUUCUUCUCUUCUCUCCUUUUGUUCUUCUCUUCUCUUCUUUUUUCUUCUCUUCUUCUCCUUUUGUUCUUCUCUUCUCUUCUUUUUUCUUCUUCUCUUCUCUUCUUUUUUGUUCUUCUCUUCUCUUCUUUUGUUCUUCUCCUCUCUCCUUUUUUGUUUCUUCUCUUCUCCUUUUUGUUCUUCUCUUCUCUUCUUUUUGUUCUUCUCUUCUCUCCUUUUUGUUCUUCUCUUCUCUCCUUUUUGUUCUUCUCUUCUCUUCUUUUUGUUCUUCUCUUCUCUCCUUUUUGUUCUUCUCUUCUCUUCUUUUUGUUCUUCUCUUCUCUCCUUUUUGUUCUUCUCUUCUCUUCUUUUUCUUCUUCUCUUCUCUCCUUUUUGUUCUUCUCUUCUCUCCUUUUUGUUCUUCUCUUCUCUUCUCUUCUUCUUUCUUUCUUCUUUUUCUCUCUUUUUUUUCUUCUUUCUUCUCUUCUUUUGUUCUUCUCUUUUUUUUUGUUCUUCUCUUCUCUCCUUUUUUCUUCUUUCUCUUCUCUUCUUUUUCUUUCUUCUCUUCUCUUCUUUUUUGUUCUUUCUUCUCUCCUUUUUUUCUUCUCUUCUCUUCUUUCCUUUUGUUCUUCUCUUCUCUUCUUUUGUUCUUCUCUUCUCUCUUUUUUCUUUCUUCUCUUUCUCUUCUUUUUUGUUUUCUUUCUUCUUCUCUUCUUUCUUUUCUUCUUCUCUUCUCUUCUUUUCUUCUUCUCUUCUCUUUCUUUUUUCUUCUUCUCUUCUCUUCUUUUCUUCUUCUCUCUUUUUGUUCUUCUCUUUUUUUGUUCUUCUCUUCUCUUCUUUUUUGUUCUUCUCUUCUCUCCUUUUUGUUCUUUCUUCUUCUUUUUUCUUCUUUCUUCUUUUUUUUCUUCUCUUCUCUUUUCUUCUUCUCUUCUCUUCUUUUCUUUCUUCUCUUCUCUCUUCUCUUUUUGUUCUUCUCUUCUUCUUUUUUUUUCUUCUUCUCUCCUUUUUGUUCUUCUCUUCUCUUCUUUUUUUUCUUCUCUUUCUCCUUUUUGUUUUCUCUUCUCCUUUUUUUGUUCUUCUUUUGUUCUUUUCUCUUCUCUCCUUUUUUCUUUCUUCUCUUCUUUUUCUUCUUCUUGUUCUUCUCUUCUCUUUUUUGUUCUUCUCUUCUCUCUUUUUGUUUCUUCUCUUCUCUUCUUUUGUUCUUCUCUUCUCUCCUUUUUUUUUCUUCUCUUCUCUCCUUUUUGUUCUUUCUUCUUUUUUUUUUUCUUCUUUUCUUCUUUUCUCUUCUUUUUGUUCUUCUCUUCUCUUCUUUUUGUUCUUCUCUUCUCUCCUUUUUGUUCUUCUCUUCUCUUCUUUUUCUUCUUCUCUUCUCUUCUUUUUGUUCUUCUCUUCUCUCCUUUUUGUUCUUCUCUUCUCUUCUUUUUCUUCUUCUCUUCUCUCCUUUUUGUUCUUCUCUUCUCUCCUUUUUAUUCUUCUCUUUCUCUUUUUUUGUUCUUCUCUUCUUCUUUUCUUCUUUUUCUUCUUCUCUUCUCUCCUUUUGUUUCUUCUCUUCUCUUCUUUUUUCUUUCUUUUUCUUUCUCUUCUUUUUUUUCUUCUUCUCUUCUCUUCUUUGUUCUUCUCUUCUCUUCUUUUUCUUCUUCUCUUCUUUCUUUACUUUUUCUUCUUCUCUUCUUUCUUUACUUUUUCUUCUUCUCUUUCUUCUUCUCUUAAGACCCCCAUCACAAAGCUCAGUGUUGAUUAA